AUGCGCACCGUAAAUCCGACCAACCCUACCACUUUCCGUUGUUUGUACCUUCAACGUGGUUUUUACUGGUUACUGGAGAAGCGAUAUCAGUGGUAUCAAUCUGAUUCUACCGUUUUCGUCUCGGUCAUGCGCAAGGGAAUUGACCCUGCCACUCUUUGCGUCACUUUCGUCGAGGAUGCAGUCACGAUUCGCAUAAAUGGUGAACUCAUCACACAGCUUAACCUUGCUUACAAAAUUGAUCCCAAUAAAUCCACAUACAAAUGUACACCUAUGAAGAUUGAGCUUAAACUGGCGAAGACCAUGAGCUCAAGUUGGAGCUGCUUGGAGAGGGCCGAUCCUGCACCAUCGUUUGAAGAAAUCGCACGGGAUGGUGACCUG